AGGGCGUAGGUUUUCUUUCCUCUUUGAUUUUUCUCCUCUCUCCCCACGUCAUGGCGCAGCAGUGGCCUCAGUUAGGCUCCGUAUACCGGCUCCCAAGCGAUGGAAAACCCGUGGUAGUGGCGCAGCUCAGCAACGAGCCCUCCCUCACCUACGUACUCUGCCGCUACCACGACCGCGGCUACCGACACUACUUUACGCAGACCGUGAAGGAGGCGCAGGCCAAACUGGUUGCCGGCCUCCGCGAGGGCGGGGUCGAGGUGGCACACGGCGACGAGGCCCAUCUUCUGGGGGUGUGCGGCGCGCACUGCCGCGACAGGGACAGCUGCAUACACACCCUCUCCGACGACGACUUACUUCCCGGAGAAUUUACCCACAACUUCAAAAUAUGGUCCGCGCUGGGAGAGGAACAGCAGCGCCGCAUGAUUGUGGCGUGUGACCCUAUCCAGACGAAGCUGCGCGACGACGCCAUGGAAUGCUUUCCACGAGGUCACACGGAGCUGGUCGUGCGGGUGCACCUCUACUACCCAAACAACGUGCCCUGCGGCAGCGUACACGAUCGACGCGCUCGCCUGGUCACGAAGAAGCAGUUCGUGCCGAAGGACGCACGCAGCUCUCAAGGGCACCAUUUGUUUUUUGAUACGCAGCCAAGAAACGCGUCGCUGCCGGUCUCGUACUAUGAGUCGAUGUUUCCUUCUUCCACCAAAGGAGCCCCGGACCAGGGCUUCACCACGGAGAGCAACUGCACCGCCAUCACCGUGGAGACCGUCUUUGUGCGUGACGCGUCGCGGCGGCAGCAGCCCUUCUACGCCGAGGACACGGAGCAGGCGCGUGUCUACUUCUCCUACCUGCACGCAAGCGAGCUCGUCACGGACGAGCAGCUGUCGGACAACUUCCCUAGCGGACCACUGGACGCGAUUACGAUGCCGGCCUUCACGGAGGACCGCGACAAGGAGAAGUUCAACGUGCUCGUGCGCCUGUACCUGCUCGCGCACGACCAGGGGUGGACCUCCACGCUCACGGACCGCAGUCCCCACCCCCUCAACGACUCGCGGCUGCCGGUGCUCUUCCGCUACGUCACCACCCAGCUGGACGUGGCAGACCGCCGCAACCCGCAGUCGCUGGUGCUGGUGAAGCAGGAGCUGCUGCCGGACGUGGAGUCGCAGGUGGUACGCUUCUGCUUCGGUCGUGUCGUGAGCGACGCCCUGCGCCGACGCAUCAUCGCACGCAGCACACGCGACCCGUCGCACCACGCCCGCGUCGUGUGCUACCUGCCCUACGGCACCAACGUGCCCGCCUUCACGGACGCGCAGAUCGCCGUGCUGGCCGCGCUGUACCCGGCGCUGGGCAUCCGCAAGCCCACCUGCGCCGCGGACUGGUGCGAGCUGAGCCGGUCGCUGCACCAGCACGGCGUACCGCUCCUCGACAUUCUGCAGUCGGUGGGCACGCCGCUGACGGACCGGCACGGCGCCGACAUCGUCACGGACGUCUACGUGCCCUACACGCCGGACAUGGCCGGCACUUACUUCGUGGUCAUCGCCAACCGGCCGCUGCGCGACUACAUCUCCCUGGUCAACCAGCGCUGGCUGCUGGAGGACCUGCUGGGCCGCACCUGCGACUCCGCCACCACGCACACCGCCUUCAGCGCCUGGGUGCGCUACUGGGGCGCGAUAGCGCGGCUGAAGCACGAGCUGGAGGAGCAGAUGAACACUGACACCGUCUCUGCGCACCUGGGCCUGCGGCUGCCGGCUGGUGCGCGAGGGCAGCCGGCGUCGUGUCUCGUGAACGGUCGGGUGACGGACGGCAGCGGCGGACUGGUCUUCGCGGAGCUGUGUGGGCGGCGCUUUGCGGAUGCGAAGCACGUCGGUCACCUGCCCCCCGGGACGGCCGUAGUGUAUCGCUUCCGCUGGGACGGCAACACCCUGCGGUUUGUCUACGUCCCUCGACCGUACGGGUUUGUGAGGGCGUUGGAUGCGUGCAAGCUGGAUAGCAGCGCGCCACAGGGCGUACGUGGCGCCACUUGGAUGGCACCUGCUGGACGCGCGACAGCGCCCGUGCAGAACCACGACGGUGGACAGGGACACGGCGGCGCAGUGGCGGCCUCCGCACUGUGCACUCCAGCAGCAGCAAACCCGGAAAAGGCUCGUGUUGUCACCUCUCGAAGAGCACUUGUCUCUCCACCUCGACGACAGCAGCCGCAACAACAUCAGGUGGUGAGCUACGCCGGUGCCGUUGCAGGCGAAACCUCUCACCCCGCGGCCACUGCGCAGAGGGUGACGCAGGCGGCUGUCGAGCGCCACCGCGAAAGUGAUCAGCCUUCCUACCAUGCACGGCCGCAACCGACACCGUGGACGCACCAGCCGCCGUGGUACCACGAUCCUGUUGUUGUCUACAUGACCGCCCCCCGCACAGCACCACCGUUGCCAACGGAACAAAGCUCCUCACAAGGGCCACAAAGGUACGGAAGGAGAGGGCGAGGCGCAGGCAGUCUGCAACCGUCGUAUUGCGAUGCAGGUGGCCGUGGGGGUCACGAAAACACUCGUGGUAGGUAG